AUGCCUUUAUCUUGUAGCUUUGGUAAUGUUGUUAAAGGGUCAAGAGCAGUUUGGUGGUCGCGGUGUCAGAGUAAUGACUCGUUAGCAUACGUUAAUGGAAAUGGUCGGAAUGUAGAAUAUGUAGAAGGUCAUGAUGAGAGCUCAGGAGUUGGGUCUGUUCAUGGUGCUGAGUUGAGUGGUUCCAAAGAAGAGGAUGGACAUGAAGAACAAAAAGAAGGGUCAGAGGCACCUAUUUUGAAUGAAAUGAGGGAAUUGCUGCAAAAUGCCAUGAAAGAAUUGGAAGCUGCGCGACUUAAUAGUACCAUGUUUGAAGAAAAGGCUCAAAAAAUAUCAGAAGCUGCGAUAUCCCUGCAGGAUGAAGCAGCAAAUGCUUGGAAUAAUGUUAAUUCAACCCUUGAUACUAUACAAGAGAUCGUGAAUGAAGAGUGUGUUGCCAAAGAAGGUGUUCAGAAAGCAACAAUGGCUCUUUCAUUAGCAGAGGCAAGGCUUCAGGUGGCAUUAGAAUCUUUAGAGGUUGCAAAAAGAGGGACUGAUUCACCGGAAAUUUUACAAGAAAGUGAUGGGGAACAUGAUUGUGAAGCAGAAGAAAAAGCACUUUUGGUUGCCCAGGAAGAUAUUAAGGAAUGCCAGGCAAAUUUGGCCAACUGUGAGGUAGAGUUAAGUCGCUUACAAAGUAAAAAGGAGGAGUUGCAGAAGGAAGUGGACAGGUUGAAUGAGGCUGCAGAGAAAGCACAGCUGAAUGCUUUGAAAGCAGAGGAGGAUGUAACGAACAUAAUGCUUUUGGCAGAGCAAGCUGUUGCUUUUGAACUUGAGGCUGCACAGCGUGUGAACGAUGCAGAAAUUUCAUUACAAAGAGCAGAGAAAUCUCUCUCCACUUCAAUUGCUGAUACCACAGAAAACAACCAAGGGCAGGUGUUGAGUGAUGAUGCUACUCUUGAGGAAGAGGAGAAGGUAGUCCAAGGAAGUUCUGCUGAGAUUAUUGUUGAAAGGGAUAGAGAUGUGGCAGUUGAUGGUGAUUUGUUGGCUGUCAAGCCUCUACCAGAUAGCUCUUCUGACAAAAUCAGCCUGAGUUUUGAAGACGCGAAUCAAUCUGUUGAUUUGAGUGAUCAUGAGAAUGGAAAGUUAAAUUUAGAUUCUCUUAAAGAAGCUGAAGUAGAAGCUGACAAGUCAAAGAAUGUGGUUCAAACUAAAAAGCAGGAAACUCAGAAGGAUUUGCCUAGGGAGAGUUCACCGUCAAAUGCUCCCAAGACAUUAUUGAAGAAAUCUUCUCGUUUCUUUUCUGCUUCUUUCUUCUCUUCUGCAGAUGGGACUCCAACAUCAGUUUUCCAGGGUCUGAUGGAGUAUGCAAGGAAGCAAUGGCCCAAGCUGGUUGUCGGGAUCUUCCUAUUUGGAGUGGGGCUCACCUUUUAUACUAAUCGAGCAGAAAGGGCCGCACAACUGAUACAACAGCCAGAAGUCAUGACCACUAGUAUUGAAGAAGUUUCCUCAAGUACGAAGCCUCUAGUUCGAGAAUUACAGAAACUUCCUAGAAGAAUUAAAAAACUAAUUGAUAUGCUUCCACAUCAAGAGGUGAAUGAGGAGGAAGCCUCUCUCUUUGACAUGUUAUGGUUAUUGUUAGCAAGUGUGAUAUUUGUGCCUGUAUUUCAAAGGAUUCCUGGAGGCAGUCCUGUUCUUGGGUACUUAGCUGCUGGCAUCUUGAUUGGGCCUUAUGGCCUCUCUAUUAUUCGUCAUGUACAUGGGACAAAGGCAAUUGCUGAAUUUGGAGUUGUUUUCUUACUGUUCAACAUUGGCCUCGAGCUUUCUGUUGAAAGGUUGAGUUCCAUGAAGAAAUAUGUAUUUGGAUUGGGCUCUGCUCAGGUUUUGGUGACAGCUAUUGUGGUUGGUGUGGUUGCUCAUUAUGUUUGUGGGCUGCCUGGUCCUGCUGCAAUUGUAAUUGGCAAUGGCCUGGCUUUGUCAUCCACUGCAGUUGUUCUGCAGGUCUUGCAAGAGCGGGGUGAGAGCACGUCACGCCAUGGCCGUGCUACGUUUUCUGUCUUACUUUUCCAGGAUUUGGCUGUUGUGGUUUUGCUAAUACUUAUACCUCUCAUUUCACCAAAUUCAUCAAAAGGAGGGAUUGGUUUUCAAGCCAUUGCUGAAGCACUUGGACUUGCUGCUGUAAAGGCAGCAGUUGCGAUCACAGCCAUAAUUGCUGGUGGACGCUUGCUGCUUCGACCAAUUUAUAGGCAAAUUGCAGAAAAUCAGAAUGCAGAAAUAUUUUCUGCCAAUACACUGCUUGUUAUUCUAGGAACAAGUCUUCUAACUGCCAGGGCUGGACUAUCCAUGGCACUUGGAGCAUUUUUGGCUGGUUUGCUUCUUGCAGAAACUGAAUUUUCUUUGCAGGUUGAGUCAGACAUUGCUCCAUAUCGUGGUCUUCUAUUGGGCCUCUUUUUCAUGACGGUUGGAAUGUCUAUUGAUCCAAAGCUUCUUGUUUCUAACUUCCCGGUUAUAGCUGGAACAUUAGGACUCCUCAUUGGUGGCAAAUCCUUAUUGGUUGUUUUAAUUGGCAAAAUUUUCGGAGUUUCAAUAAUAUCUGCAAUAAGAGUUGGUCUUCUUCUCGCUCCUGGUGGAGAAUUUGCAUUUGUUGCUUUUGGUGAAGCUGUUAAUCAGGGAAUAAUGUCUCCUCAAUUAUCGUCUUUGCUCUUCCUUGUCGUGGGAAUUUCAAUGGCCAUCACUCCAUGGCUAGCUGCUGGCGGCCAGUUAAUUGCAUCUCGUUUUGAGGUGCAUGACGUUCGAAGUUUACUACCCGUUGAGAGUGAGACAGAUGAUUUACAAGGUCAUAUAAUCAUCUGUGGAUUUGGACGAGUUGGCCAGAUAAUUGCACAGCUUCUUUCAGAGAGACUAAUUCCGUUUGUAGCUCUUGAUGUGAGGAGUGAUAGAGUGGCAGUUGGACGUUCUCUAGACGUUCCAGUCUAUUUUGGAGAUGCUGGUAGUCGAGAGGUACUCCACAAAGUUGGUGCUGAACGAGCAUGCGCUGCAGCCAUCACUUUAGAUUCUCCUGGUGCAAACUAUAGAACUGUCUGGGCUCUAAGCAAGUAUUUCCCAAACGUGAAAACUUUUGUUCGUGCCCAUGACGUUGAUCAUGGCCUUAAUUUGGAGAAGGCUGGGGCUACAGCGGUUGUCCCAGAGACCUUGGAACCGAGUCUGCAGUUGGCAGCUGCUGUUCUUGCUCAGGCUAAACUACCCAUGUCAGAGAUUGCAGCAACCAUCAAUGAAUAUAGGUCCCGCCACCUUGCUGAGCUAACUGAGUUAUGUGAAACGAGCGGAAGUUCUCUUGGCUAUGGAUUCUCUCGAAUGAUGAGUAAACCCAAACCUCUGUCUCCCGAUUCUAUGGAUGAGAACCAAUUCACUGAAGGAACACUGGCUAUAUAA